AAUUAUAAAUAGGUUCCUAAGCAAGCAAGUUCGAUUCACACACACAUUCGCAUUUCUCUUUGUGUUGUUUUUGUUUCUGAGAGGUUCUCGGUGUUUGCAGAGGCAAGCCUCAUCUUUGAGGGAAGAAUGGAUCAUCAAGGGCAUAACCAGAACCCGCCAAUGGGGGUUGUCGGUAGCGGAGGUCAAAUGACAUAUGGAUCCAACCCGUAUCAGCCAAACCAAAUGACUGGGGCACCUGGAUCGGUUGUUACAUCAGUUGGGGGCAUGCAAUCUGCCGGUCAACCUGCUGGAGCUCAGCUGGGACAGCAUCAACUUGCUUAUCAGCACAUUCAUCAGCAACAACAGCAGCAGCUUCAGCAACAGCUCCAAGCCUUUUGGGCAAACCAGUACCAAGAAAUCGAAAAGGUUACCGAUUUCAAGAACCACAGCCUUCCCCUGGCAAGGAUCAAGAAGAUUAUGAAGGCUGAUGAGGAUGUUAGAAUGAUAUCGGCUGAAGCACCGGUCAUUUUCGCAAGGGCCUGUGAGAUGUUCAUAUUGGAGCUAACCCUGCGUUCCUGGAACCACACUGAAGAGAACAAAAGGAGGACACUUCAGAAGAAUGACAUUGCUGCAGCAAUCACAAGGACUGAUAUCUUUGAUUUCCUUGUCGACAUUGUGCCUCGCGAGGACCUGAAAGACGAAGUGCUGACAUCAAUCCCUAGAGGAACAAUGCCUGUCGGCGGGCCUGCUGAUUCUCUUCCUUACUGCUACAUGCCACCUCAGCAUGCCCCCCAAGUUGGAACUGCUGGUGUUAUAAUGGGUAAGCCAGUGAUGGACCCAAACAUGUAUGCUCAACAACCUCAUCCCUACAUGGCACCACAAAUGUGGCCACAGCCUCCAGACCAGCGACCACCAUCUCCAGAUCAUUAACUGCUGAGACGCAAAUGUUAAGGGAACUGCAAUGGGGUGGGUGUGAAACUGAAUCAAGAAGGUCCAUUGCGAUCAGAGACUGUAGCUGAUAGGUGACUUGCAGUGCAAGACUAUUAUGUAGAUAAUAUGCCAUUAAAAACUUAUCUUUAUAUUAUGUUAAUUUUCAGUUUAAUUUUAUGGUCUUAAGAUUAAAUAUAUGUAUUUGCAGACCAGUAUUGGGAAAUUUACCUUAAUUUUAACUUUAUAUUUGUUAGCGCAAUAUUUAAUGCCCUUUGCA